AAAAAGUUCUCUUCCAAAUCUCAGAGUUGAUCACCAUCUGCCAUCCAAGGCAUGGCAGAUGAAAUAUCAAAUGUUUUCUCACAUGUGAAAUUAAACGAAGAUCAUAUUGAGAAUGAUAUGAUGGAGGGGGAUUCAAAUGAAGAUAUUGAGAAUGAUAUGGUGGAGGUGGAGUCGAAUGAAGAUAAUAUUGAAAAUGAAAUAGUGGAGUUGAAUGAAAUGGUAGAAACAAAAGGUGUGGAAAACAAAGCAGAAGACCCUAAGUUGGGAAUGAUGUUUGACUCCAUUGAUGAUGCUGUGAUAUAUUAUAGAAGAUAUGCUAAAGAAAAAGGUUUUGCAGUGGCUAAAAGAACUUCUAAAAAGGGGAACGAUGGGGUGGUGAGGUAUGUGACCAUUGCUUGUAGUUAUGCUGGAAAGCCAAGGAUUAGAUUAAACUGUCCUGGAAUUAAAAGGACUAGAUCUACCAAUCCAGUUCAAUUGAAACCUCAAACAAAAACAGAUUGCAAAGCUCAACUUAGGCUGUCUCUAUGCCCAAAUGGAAAGUGGAUACUUAGAUCCAUGGUACUUGACCAUAAUCAUGGAUUGAGUCCUAGUAAGACCAGAUUUUACAAAUGCAAUAGAAUAAUAGAACCACAUGUGAAAAAAAAGCUUGAAUUACACGACAAAGCUGGUAUUAGAAUGAACAAGAGUUUUAAUUCAUUUGUGGUUGCAGCAGGGGGACAUGAGAAUUUGUCUUUUCUAGAAAAGGAUUGUAGAAAUCACAUGGAUAAAGUCAGACGUUCACAUCUUAGGGAAGGAGAUGCUAGUGCAAUGCACCAUUACUUUUUGAAAAUGCAAGCUGACAAUUCUGAAUUCUUCUAUGCAAUGGAUUUUGAUGAUGAUGGUCGGUUGAAAAAUGUAUUUUGGGCUGAUGCAAGGAGUAGGGCAGCAUUCAAAGAGUUUGGUGAUGUAGUCACAUUUGACACUACAUAUAUGGUUAACAAAUAUGAAAUGCCAUUUGCUCCAUUUGUUGGGGUGAACCAUCAUGGGCAAUCAACAUUGCUAGGAUGUGGAUUGAUCUUAAGAGAAGAUACAAAGUCAUUUAUAUGGCUAUUUAAAUCUUGGCUUGCAUGCAUGUCUGAAUGUCCUCCCAAUGCAAUCAUUACGGAUCAAGACAAAGCCAUGAAAAAAACGAUAGAGAUUGUUUUCCCUAAUGCACGACAUCGAUGGUGCUUGUGGCAUAUCAUGAAUAAGUUGUCUGAAAAAUUUAAAGGGUUCAAAGACUAUGAAUCAAUAAAAUUCUGUAUGAAAAAUGUUGUUCAUGAUUCAUUGACAAAAGAAGAAUUUGAAGAAAGUUGGGGUAGAUUCAUUAAGAAAUAUCAACUUGAAAGCAAUGAAUGGUUACUUGGGUUGUAUGAUGAGCGGCAUCGUUGGGUGCCUGCCUUUGUGAAAGAUAUGUUUUGGGCAGGAAUGUCAACAACGCAGCGAAGUGAAAGCAUGAAUGCUUUCUUUGAUAAAUACAUUAAUAAGAAAACUACUUUAAAACAAUUUGUUGAACAAUAUGAGAAUGCUUUGGCAGCAAAGGUGCAUAAUGAAACUGUUGAAGAUUUUAAUUCUUUCAAUUCACGCAUUUCUUGUAUAACUAUUUAUGAUAUGGAGAAACAAUUUCAGAGUGCUUACACUUUGAAAAAAUUUACAGAUUUCCAAAAUGAGAUAGUUGGAAGUAUUUGUUGCAGUUUGUCUUCAUGCAGGGAACAUGACAAUUUUUCAGAGUAUGAAGUACGUGAAGAUAUAUCACGUGGAGAAGGUCAGCGGAGCGUAAUUUUUCAUGUGUAUUUUAAUGAGGAUAAUAGUGAAGUUAAAUGCAAAUGCAGGCAAAUUUGA